AGCAGAAGAGGACAUCAGACUCUCAGAGGGUCACAUUUGCUUUCAAUGCUGGAAUCACAGCACAGUCAGUCACAAUGAAGAGUCUGAUUUCACUUUAUCUUCUGUCAUUCCUUCUGCAUUUAUCCAGCAGUGCAGAUUGGUGUUAUCAGACACAAGUGAGCUGUGAUGGACAUUGUAAAGGUCCAGAGCGCUGGAGUGAAGUAAACGCUGAUUGUGGAAACGCCAGACAGUCUCCCGUCAACAUAGUGACCAAGAAAACCAAACUGGACGAGCGUCUGACGCCUUUCAAAUUCACCGGCUACCAGACCGCUUUCGACAGCACCGUCAGGAACAACGGUCACUCCGUUCAGGUGAAUCUACCCAUCACGGCCGCAGUAUCGGGAGGAAAUCUGGGAGACACGUAUAAAGCCGUUCAGUUUCACCUUCACUGGGGAACAGACGGAGGUCCGGGCUCUGAACACACCGUUGAUGGAGAGCAGUAUCCUAUGGAGCUGCAUAUCGUUCACAUGAAACAAAGAUACAACAGGAUACAAGAUGCAUUAAAAGACCCAUCCGGCAUCGCCGUUUUGGGAUUCUUCUACGAGGAGUCAAACACCCCGAACAAAAAAUACGACCAGUUCAUUUACGCCCUGAGGAGCGUACAGAACACAAAUGGAAACGCGACGCUUCGUAAAGUCUCCCUCAAUCAGUUCAUUCUGUCGGAGGAAAACAUGACCAACUAUUACCGUUACGAUGGAUCUCUGACCACACCGGGAUGUAUGGAAGCUGUGGUCUGGACUGUCUUUGAAAAUCCCAUUCCUCUCGACAAAGAACAGCUUCGAGCUUUUUCUUCCCUAAAAUUCCACGACGGGAAACCAAUGGUGGGAACGUUUCGACCCGUACAGUCUCGCAACGGACGUACAGUUUAUCGGUCGAGCGGUCCGGCGGUUCUGGCCAGCGCUGUGCUUCUCUUUGUCUCCAUCACUACAACAUUCAUUCUGUCCCAUCUGAGCUAAAGCCACCCGAGCCCAAUGAACACAACGAGUUCUCAACAAAACAACAGACCAACGUGAGAAAAGCCAAACCUACAGAAUAGCAGCACAUCACAAACAGCUGCCAUCUGAAGAAAAGAGCAGCUUUGUCAGCAGAACACUACAGUAGCUGGUUUUGUGUAGAAAUGUGACGUUUAACAUGACGGUCGACCGCAUGAGUAGAAUGAAGAACAGACUCGUAACGAUCAAUAGAACAGGACUGAACCUCUGUGAAGAGCUGUGAGAAAUAAAUGCAUGACCUUUCUCUAUCACACACACACUGAGGCUAUAUUUACAACAUGACACUGCAACGCUUUUGAUCCCAGUUUCUGGAUAUAACACACAGAGCAAAAGAACGCUCAGCAUUUAUCAUCAACAUCUCUGAGGCCAACAACACACUCACAACCUUUCUUUAAACAGACCAAACUCAGACCCCUUCAAGUGCACCAAAGGUGUAAAACCUUGUGUGUGUAAUCUCUACCUGUUCCUCUUUGGAGUUUUACCUACGUAAACUCCGACACACAUCUUAAAACUGCUUCGCACAACAGAGGUGGCCAGAUAGGUGGCCAUCCAUCAUUCAGGGGUAGCCGUGGCCACCCAUGGCCACCAUGUAGCUACGCCCCUGGUUGACAGACUAUUAUGCAAAUUUGUCUUGUGGUGUGAAAGCACACAUUUAGAAAGGAAAACGAACAAUGAAGAUAAAUCUCUCUGAUGGUAUUUGAUAUGAUAAAUUGAAAUAUUAAUAAUAGAAAACAAUGUAAUAUUAACAGUUUGUUUUCUAGAUUUUGCCAACGUCACACCAGGACACGACAUGUACGAUUUAUUCGUCAACUACUCCCCUGAAUUAAGAGUCGAGUUAAUGGCAACAAAAAAUUUCAUUCGAGUCUGAAAGUGUUAGAAAGCUCUUGUCAACCAUUCUGAGAUCCCUGAAACAAAGCAAGAAAACACUCUGAAUUCACUUCAUAAAAAGGAAUCAGCCAGAACAUACACUUCUUCAUCCUCUCUGAUGAAUCUAUUAUUGUGGAUCUGUGCAUUUUGUCUGUGGCCAGUUACACAUGAUACACUUACUUUACUAUAAUACACAGAACAUGUUUUAGGUCUUUCGUGAGGACACAUGAUUUGUGUUUAUUUUUUAAGGAUUCGAGGGUCUCAUAUGCACUGAACGAUGCCAGAAAUCCCAGAAUAUGAUCGUGUGUGCAAAAGCAGGGUAAUGUGCAACAUUUAUUCUUCGGACACACAUUUGUUUAUUUCCGCACAUGUAUGUAUGUAUAUUUUCCAUACGGCUGCUGUUUUUGUAUUAUUGCAUUAAGACAUUGGAAUUAAUCUGAUGUAAAUGAAGCUCUUUCUUUUGACUGCAGUAUUGUAUCUUGAAAUGCACAUUGACCGUUUUAGUCUUCGUGAACAUGUUACACAUGAUCAGUCAUGAAUGCGCUGACGAUAUUACGGUUGCCAAAUAAAAUGUACCUGCUGAUGAUGUAUGUAGAUGAUGAAUUUCAGUGUAACAAUAAACUACUGUAAUGCCUUUUUAUAUCACAGAUUCGGUUCAUUCACUUAUCCUUCAGCUGUAAAUAAAUAAGCAAUGUUAGAGAGAAAAUGAGAUGACAAACCGAGGGACAUCAUUUUUUUCUUGUUUACAUGUUUAACACGGCACACUCAUAAAAGCAUGUGUGUACUUUAAGCUCAUUUACAUAUGCAAAUGCAAGCAAAUGCUUAUUUUUCUGUGUAGUCUAUGUAAUAAAUACCAUACUAGUA